AUGGGACAAACAAACUCGAAUAGUUAUGAUUCAGAGGAAGAAGUCACAAAAGUUUCUCCAUCUCAAGCCCAGCGAUUAAAUGCUGACAUUUUUUGCAGGAAUCCCACAUUUGACUAUGUAAGAAAAAAUGUGCCGACAGAAAACACACGAAAUACGAAACUUUCUUGGGAGAAAGAAAUGGCUGCAGCUCUACCUGAAAUCCAUAACAAAAAUAAAUUUGAUGAAAUUUAUUAUCCUCGUCGCGGAUACACACUGAAAACAGCAGCUGUUGAAAAAAAGGAAAAUACUACUUCUUCCACUCGAUCAUUCACUACUAUUGUUCAUUCAAGGAAUACAACAACCUUGACUUCAGGAAAUGUACUUCUUACCCAAUCGAAAAAAACAAUGCCAACCUUACAUAGAGAAAAUACCUUUAUUCGAAAUCGCAAUAAGAAGCGAGGACAAAUAAUUUCUUAUAUCAUUCAAAAUUUAUGUCUUUACACUAAAUACAAAGAACAAAAGUCUGAAUAUGAAGAUCAAGAAUCUUACGGUCCAGAAUAUUACAAUCUAAAACCCUACUAUUUAAAGCCUUAUAGUAUGAAAUCUCUUAAGGAUUGUUUAAAGAUGUCACCAGAAGAGCUGUAUGAUAAUUUUGAAGAAUCUUGCAAGA